AUGGACCGCGCUCGCCGCGCAACAAACAACCGUCGCAAGCCCCUUGGAGUAUCAGCAUCUCCUCCGUCUACUUCGGACGCUUCUUUUGAGCGCCAUCAGUCGUCUGCCAGUCCCAUCAUGGCGCAUGCCACUAACACUCCCCAAGGCGCACCCCAGGGCCGGCGCGCCAACAAAUCUCUUCAGCCUGCCUUCACUUUCUCAAUCCCAGGACCAACCCGGCCCUCCAAUCUGAGGAAAAGGUCAAAAACCAUGGAUGACUACGCCAUGGCCGAUGAUGACUAUGAAAAUGAAAGCCCCAAAAAGGGCGGUCACAGUCUUCGCAAACGCGCGCGUGUCGACUACACCUUUGAGCAGAUUGACGACGACGUUGACUUUACAAACCCCGUUUCUGCAUCUGCAUCCGCCUCAGCCCGCAAUAAGAAGCGAAGGCCGGACAGCAGCAGCUACGACUCCGAGGAUCUCUACGGCUCUGGACUCAAGAGGAGAGGCGCCUCUGUUGACGCUGACACGCCCUCCAGCCGGCGCCGCAAUCCCUCCAGGAAGAUGUCCGAGGCGAGGGCCUACAAGGACGACGUCGAAGACGACGAAAACGACGUCCAGGACACCGUCCAUGACACCAUUGAGGUCGGCGUUCUCUAUUCAGACUCUGAGAAAUCCGACAGCGCUCACAUGGAUCACUCAAAUGCUUCAUCCACGGACCUUUCCGUCGGCCCACAAAAAUCUACACCCAUCCAUUCAGGCCAGGACAGCAGCUUCAGUCAUGCCGGCCUCGCCGAACAGCCGCUGGAAGCUGAGCAGCGCCUGAACCACGCAGAAUCUGUUGAAGAAGCCAUUACUUCUGUUGCUUCCCCCGCUGAAAUCACUGAAUUCUCUGAUAUCAAGCCCGAAGGCGAGUCUCACUCUCAUUCUGAGGCUGGCCGUGCGCGACUGCACUCGCCACACGACACCACGGCACCAGCCUCAAACGCUCUUGAGACUGCGGCUGAGCCACAACUCAAAAUUCAACAAGCUCACGACGCCACUUCGGAUACAGCUACACAAGAUGGCGCUCAUCCGUCUCCACCUAACAACAACAAGAAUGCCGACAACAACAACAACAACUUGGAACAAUCUGCUGAGAAACAUGAGCAAGACUCACAGCCUCGUCAAUCGCCUUCCCAGUCCUCGCCUCCACCGCCUGCAUCACGCACUGCCGAGGUGACACCCGCUGAAGAUACGGUAUCAGUUAAGCCGCCUCUCCAACUUCCCGAAAAGGAAAUUCUUCAAGACAGCCUUGAGGAGACACGGGACAGCAAUAUGGAUGCUCAGUCCGAGUCUAAACCACAACCUCCAUCACAGGAGCUGCCAUAUUAUCCUUCGGCUGCUGCACACUUGUUUACGGUUUCUGCCCCAUUGGUACAACAGCCCGAGCCCCAAGCACAGGAAACACCGAAGCAACAGUCCCCAGAGCCAGAGUCCAAGGCAUCCAGUCCUCCUCCCCCUGUCGCAAUUUCAGCUACAGUCGCCAGCACACCAGCAUCUCCAUCAACAUCUACUUUCGACUCCACAAUCCUAGAAGACUCUCAGGUUACAAGUGUGGACGUGAAAUCUGUCGAGCUGCCGGCGCCAAUACCAGAAGACGAUGCUUCUGUCGCCCCAGCAUUGCCAGAAAUCCAUGUUCAAGAGGUGCAAGUGAAGCCUGCAGCCCAGAUUACAUCAACGCAGCCCUCUGAGCGAGGUCCAUUCAAGCCACAGCCCAAACCUGUUGGUCGCUGGGCUCACUUGACUCCUUACAUUGAUGGAGAGUAUGUCUCAUAUCCUGAAAGAAAGGCACAGCAGGAAGAUGAGGUGGCCACCAGCGAAGAGCAAACUGCGGAUGACCGCGAGACAAAUGACAUGGAGCCAAUGGUUGAUGACAACGACGAUGCAACUGGAAUUGAGGCACCUACACCCGCUCUCAACACACCUUUGCGAGGCUCUCCUGCUCCCGACUCAAUUGACCCAACUGCUUCCAAUUCCCCAGCUGCUGGCGGAGAUGACGGCGACGAUGUGGAUGUUUCCGAAGAGCCUACUGAGCGAAGCCGAUCAUUCCGCUACCGCAAGCUAAGGAAUCCUGAAGAAUACCUCUCCGCCAUUGAGAACUAUGAGGACAUGUCUACAGCCGAGCUAUUCGAGGUUUUGGAAUCCAUCAAUGUUUCCCUUUUUCAAUGGCAAACCGAAUGGACUGGUCUCGGCAAGAUUGUCGACGAUUAUGAGAAUUCUCUUCGCAGACGCGUAGCGGACAUCAAAUAUGAGUCUAGAACACGCAACUUCCAUCAGCACGGCGUCAACUACGAGGAGCCCGAGUUUGUCGUCAAGGGAUACAGAUCCAAGGACAGAGAAGGCAUGACCGAGACUCGCUACCUCCAGAACCAAGAUAGAAUCAUGGCAGCCGCUUAUGGAUUUGAGUAUGACCCUCAUCCAUCCAAGAUUGGCCGCCAGAAUCCGGAGACACAGCAAGCAGGAAUCAUGACCCGCGGUCGCUCACUACGCAACCAGCCAAAGCCCACAGCCAAGGCUACCGAGGCAGACGAAGUCACUGGCAAGAGACAACGCAAGCCCGUGCAGUUAUUCGAUCCGGCAACUCAGGACAUCAGCCGCAGCUCGACUCCUGUUCCCACUGGCAGGCCUCGACGCCGCAAGACGGCUAAUGGCGAUAACGAUGAUGGUCAGUAUGGUUUCGGCGCCAGCUUCAAUAGCGAACCCAUCCUCUCAGACGAAGAGGCUGGCGAAACAAAGAGAAGGCGCAAUCGUACAACACGACCCAAGAUGACUGUCCCCAGCAUUGUCGAAGAGCUCGUCUCUACUCCCCUCAGCGAGGAACCCUCUGUCCGCGACACGCCAAGGUCAGGCCGUAAAGCGCGUGUUAAGCAACCCAUCAAGUAUGACGAAGAGUCUUUGGGUUACCAAUUCGUCGAGGAAGAGCCUCAGAUGGAAGAGAAGCCGCCAAGGCGUCGCCAUCUCUUGACUCUCAAGAUCCCCAAAGGCAAGAACAUUAGCGAACCGUCUUCAGAAAUUACGGAUAAUGGUGACUCGCGACCCUCGACUGCCGACUCGGACUCGACCUCACACACGGCCGAGUCGUCGUAUUCGUUCCGCCCCAAGCGUCAGAAGCGAUUCCGUGACGACGCUGAAGAGAGCGAGGAGGCCGCGCAGGGCCCUAUCAAGAAGAGGAACAAGCGUACCAGCGGCGGCGCCCCACUCGGAGUCGAAGAGGAUUUUGCUCCUACGGAAAUGCUCGACCCAGACACGCUCGCAGGCGUCAACAAUCGCAAGAUUCAGAAGAUCAAGGUGGUUCGAAAUACACCCGCGAGCCGCAAGGGAACGCCAUCGUCACUUCCCAAUGGCGAGGAAGCAGAGGAGCCGCAAAAGGAUUACAAGUCUAUGACCAAAUCCGAGAAGAUGUCGGCAUCCAUGAAGAGUCGCUGGGCAAAUGGCAACAUGGCUGGUGCUGUCGAGAAGCGAAAGGCAACCCUCGCUGCUAAAAAGGCCGCGCAGGCAGCGGCCGAGCAGAGGGUUGGACUUAUCGCUCCGAAGCCCAAGGUGAAGUCGGCCAAGAAGGAACCGGUCGAGCAGACUCCAAUGCCGCCACCGUUUAAUCCUCAGCAGCCGCAACAACAUAUGCACGGAAUGGGAUACCCAUACCCCUCAUCUUAA